AUGGAGCACUUCCAUCUCUGUCCCGUGUCGGAUUACUAUGAAAGGAUCCUACUACCGGUGACCUACAGCAUUGUGUUCGUGCUGGGCCUGAGCUUGAACGGGGCUCUGCUGUGGUCGGUGUGCUGGCGGACCCGCAGCUGGAGCGGCACGGUCGUCUACCUGACCAACCUCGCCGUGGCAGACCUCCUCUACGUCUUGGCCUUGCCCCCGCUUAUUAUCAGCAACUCCAUGGGAGAUGCUUGGCCCUUCGGCAACAUCAUCUGCAAAGCAGUCCGAUUCUUCUUUUUGACCAACCUCCACUGCAGUAUGAUGUUCCUCACCUGCGUCAGCGUGUACCGUUUCCUCGGGGUGUGCUUCCCCAUCGCUGCCCUGCGACUCAGGACCAAGAAACUGGCCAUUUUUGCGUCAGGCUCAGUUUGGGUCCUGGCCACGGCGGAAAUAUUACCGACACUGGUCUUUGCUCACACGGGGUUCAUCAACAACAUGACUGUAUGCUUUGAAAUGACUGACCCCAGACAAUUUAAUAUUUAUUUCCCCUAUGGCAUGUUUUUAACUACAGUUGGUUUCCUGGUACCAUUCCUCGUUAUUGUCAUUUGCUAUAGUUCUAUGAUAAAGGUGCUUUAUUUUCGGGCCGCGGAAGGCAUCACUAAUGCAAGGACUAAAAAGAUGCGCAACAAGUCCUUGCGCACUCUCCUUCUUGUGUGCCUGCUGUUUGUGCUGUGUUUUGUGCCUUAUCACAUUGCUCGGACCGUCUACCUGGUCGUGCGGGUCUACAUGGUUGGGGACUGUCACCUCCUAAAUGUGGUCAUGAUCUCCUUCAAAGUGUGGAAGCCUCUCGUCAGUCUCAACUGCUGUGCAAAUCCUCUCCUCUACUUUUGGGGCUCUGAUCAUUACCGCAAGAAGAUCCAUGCCUGCCUGUGUCGCAGGACCAAGAGAGUCCAUCCCGCCGUGUGUCUGGUGGAUGCAGGCAGCACAAACAGGUCCGGGGGAUAG